GCGGGCUCGCCUCCGCCGCGGGGGUCGCAGCGGCUGCCGCGCUGCCCUCGAGUGCCCGGCGUGAGGAAGGCGAGGAGGCGGCGGCGGGCGGAGCGGAGCGUCGAGCUCGAGGCGGAGAGCGACCCGGAGCCCAGCGCGCGGCCUCGCCCAUUGCUAUGGACAGUGCUGUCACCCUGUGGCAGUUCCUUCUUCAGCUCCUGCAGGAGCCGCAGAAUAAGGACGUCAUCUGCUGGACCUCGAAUGACGGGGAGUUCAAGCUCCUGCAGGCGGAGGAGGUGGCUCGGCUGUGGGGGGUCCGCAAGAACAAGCCAACCAUGAACUAUGACAAGCUCAGCCGGGCCCUCAGAUACUACUACGUGAAGAAUAUCAUCAAAAAAGUGAAUGGUCAGAAGUUUGUAUACAAGUUUGUCUCUUACCCAGAGAUUCUGAAGAUGGACCCAAUGACAGUGGGCAGGAUUGAGAGAGACUCUGAGACUUUGAACUUCAGUGAUGUCAGUAGCAGUUCCAAAGACAUGGAGAACGGCGGGAAAGAGAAGCCCCCUCAGCCUGGCACCAAGACCUCCAGCCGAAACGACUACAUUCACUCUGGCUUGUAUUCCUCCUUCACUCUCAACUCUUUGAACUCCUGCAGUAAGAGGCUUUCCAAAUCCAUGAAGACCGAGAGCCCGGCUGAGAGACUGGCAGAGAAGAAGGCUCCUCAGGAGCCAGCACCGUCUGUCAUCAGAUUUGUAACGACACCUUCCAAAAAGCCACCCGGUGAACCUGUGACUGCUGCUGUUUCCAACGGCCCAGCUGUUUCUCCGUCUUCAGAGGAAACUAUCCAAGCAUUGGAGACACUGGUGUCCCCAAAACUGCCUUUCCUGGAGGCCCCAGCUUCCGUGUGCAGCGUAUCCACCACUUUCCCUGGCACAGCUCCCACUUCGUCCCUUUCCCCUCCCUUGCAGGAGCCUCCCAGCCGCACGCCCUCGCCCCCGCUGAGCUCUCACCCAGACGUCGACACAGACGUUGACUCGGUGGCCUCCCAGCCCGUGGCGCUCCCGGAGAACCUGUCGCUGGAGCCUAAAGACCAGGAUUCUGCUUUGCCAGAAAAAGACAAAACCAAUAACUCAUCAAGAUCCAAGAAGCCCAAAGGGUUGGAACUGGCACCCACCCUUGUGAUCACAGGCAGUGAUCCAAGCCCACUGGGAAUACUAAGCCCCUCGCUCCCUACAGCGUCUCUUACACCAGCCCUUUUCUCACAGACUCCCAUCCUCCUGACUCCAAGCCCCUUGCUGUCCAGCAUCCACUUCUGGAGCACUCUCAGCCCUGUGGCUCCCCCGAGUCCAGCCAGGUUGCAAGGUGCUAACACACUUUUCCAGUUUCCUUCUGUCCUGAAUACUCACGGGCCAUUCACUCUCUCUGGCCUGGAUGGACCUUCCACCCCUGGCCCAUUCUCCCCAGACCUACAGAAGACAUAACCUGUGCACUUGCGGAAUGAGAACCGAGGAGCAGAGACAGAGACACCCAGCGCGACUGCGCUUGAAGUGAGUGGGUGGUGGUUCUACAGUGCUGACAGUAGACCGCUGUGAUUUCUGCUGUUUCCCGUGAAACGCCUUUGGAGGAUUCCCUUUGACUAGGACUCAAGUGGACUGUGUAUAAAGAUGCCUUAAUUGGAGCUCAAACUCCACCUCCCUCUUUUUUCUUUUCCUUUUUUUUUUUUAAUUUUUAAAUAUUGUGAGCUUUGUGUUAAAGUAAUGUUUGGUGGGAUGUAGCAGCUGUGCUUUGCAGGAAUGAACAAGAACAAAGUUAAUCCUGGCUUUUGGGACCCUCUGGCCAGGAAAAAAUUAUACUUAGAGUCUAUUAUUUAAAGAAAUAUCAGUUAAAUGAAAUUGGUUCUAUCUUGAGGACUAAGUGUGCUCUGUUGAAUGACUGCACGUGAGCUGCUCACGAGCAGUGGAAGAAAAAUAACCAUUCUGAUUCCUCCUCGAUCGAAGCCACACAUGGGCAGCUCCUGUCCUGUUGUGACCUGUGGCGGCCUUGUUUACGUUGAUUUAGGGUGGAUCUCAGUUGUGCUCUUGUCUGAGCCUGUCGGCAGAGCUUGGAUCUCGUCUAUUACAGCACAGAAGGAUUUUUAAACCUGGGGUUUAAUUCAGUUUUUGGAACCUCCAGUGAGAAUGUGGGACCCCACAUCAGGCCAGAAGGGUCCUCUGUUCUCCAGGAGUGGUAGGCAGCAUUGCCCAUGGUAUGCAGCGUGGAAAAUGAUGCCUUUUUGGAAAAUGAACUUAGGUUUUGAAGUGUUGAGGCACCUUUGAGUAAAAGAGUCAGUGCAUAAUUUGAAACAGCACACAGGGCUUUUCUCCGUUAGAGAUACCCAGAGUGAAGGAACCUUUCUCUUUCCUGCUCAUCUUACCUCAUUUCCCAUGGCAUGUCUUUGACUUUCCUUUGAAAUGCAAGGUUGCUAGAGGUAGCAGUUUUAAAGAGGUAGUCAGUAGUGAGGUAAAGAUGGGCCUAUUUCCUGCAAAUCCUGUUUGGUUUAUAAUUGGGGAAUGCCUUACUUAGGGGUUGGAUUAUUUGUAUUUGUAGUGAGGUGUAGGCCUUCGUCUUUACCUUACCACCUGUACAGAAUCGUCCCAGCUGGGAAUCAGGGCCAGGUGCACACAGAUUUGUUUAGCCCCACCCUGAAUUGAUAGCAGUAUCAAUCACGGGGCCUUUUGAAAGUUUUUGCUUUGAAAUCCAAGAUCAAGUCGUAACUGUCACCUCCAUGGCUUGUCCAUUAAACUGGUCUUUUAACCCUGUCAUCGAGUCACACGAACUAGAUAGAAUGAGGAAGUAAGGUUUUAAGAGCUCAGAAUGACAUUGAUACAAGCCAGCAUCUUCUGGAUGCACAGUGUUCACUUUAAAUUCAUUGUUGUGCUGUGUAGGGACGCUCUUGUUAAGUCGUCUAUGCUAGGUUGCUGGCAGAGGAGGGAGAAUACUCAGCUGCCUUACUGUGUGUAGUGUGGGAGACGUGUGAUGUGCAAUGGUCAUGUGGAAAGGCAGUGUCGGGGUGGUGGGAGCAGGCCUUCUGAACUUUCUCCCUGCAUUGAAUUAAUGAGUUCGCCUGCUUGUUUGAAAUGAGAUCUCUCACAGCACUUUGGAAUAGUUUUUAUUAGGUUAGCAUUUUUUACAUUGAAUAGGUAAAUAUUGAUGGCUCAGUUUAAGUAGAUGUUUUAAAUUUGAAAGCACAAAAGUAUUUUAUCUUUUUGAAUUAAAGGAGAAAAGCCAUUGGUUUGUUUUCACAGAUGGUGUAUUUGCUAAUUAGCUAUCUUAGUACAGAGGUGCCUUAAACCAGGGCACCAUUAAAACUCAGGCCAAGCAGCCGCCUGGGAACCAGUUCUAGGGAAUCCUUCCUGUAAACCUGCAGCUGAAGCCUCAGAGAGGUGUGAAGCCUUAUGAGUUGAUGAGAGUCUGCUUCCUUUGGGAUCAGCUAGUUGGGGAAGUUUGUGUGUUUGUGUGUGUGUGUGCGUGCGCGUGUAUCCUUUUUAAAGUCAGAGUUUACAACCUUCAUGUGUCUGAGGCAGACAGUUCUAUUUGCAGACUACCUCCUUCCUGGAAAAGUCUCAGCUCCAUAGUCUUUUGAAAAUCCACGGAAUUCUUAGCAUCAGAAGGUACCCAGCAGUUGAGGUCAGUCUUCCCAGAGAGAUGGGUGUUUGCUGGUCGUGGCUGGGUGGGUGCUGUUGGGCAGUGGCAGCCCCAGUUCGGGAAGCGGAGCGGGCUGAGUGGGUUCUGGCGUUCCCUGAGCUGCCUCAGCCUUCCCCAGCUGCACAUCAGCAUGCUGGGGGACCCAUGGCAGCUAGGAGACCCGGAAAGCCCUGAGUCUGUGGCAUUAGCCGGAGUCGGUCACCAUCUUGGAGCUGAGAAGGGCCAUGUGGUUGCCUGGGAGCCGGUGCAGCGUGCUAAUGCUGCGUUGCGUGCACGCCGCCGUUUCUGAAGUGAGCUUUUUCUUGUUCAUAUGCUGAUUUUUAAAAACACACGUCUGACUUCAGUAAUACCUUCUAAAAAUGAUUUGUCCCAGUACUUUUGUGGUGGUGUAUUUUGUAUGUUUGAACAAAGGUAGGAAGUUUUUUUUUUUUUUUAAUUUGUACAGAAUUGAAGACUGGGGGCCCUCAAAAGGUCAGCCUGAAGCUUCCUAGGAUUAAUAUGUAAGUUUAAUUUUCCCUCACAUUUUCAGGUGUGUGGAAUAAUGGGCAUAAUACUGGGUUUUCAGAUUUUGAUGGGGAAGGUAAGCACAUGAGCCCACAUAGAAUACUGGAUUUUUUUUUUUUUUAACUGGAAAAUUCCUUGAAGGUUUACAUACUGUAUGAGAGAUCCAGAAAGACAGGACUGACGACUCAGUAAAUCAGAAGCUUGGGAUCCUGGAGCUGACUGUGGGCUGUGGACAGUGUCUCCUGUCCCACUCACACCCAGCACGCGUGAUGUCUGGUCCGAUGGCAUUGUUGUGUCCUGCUCUCAGAGUUCAUACGAUGCUGACUAGCGUUCUGAAAGGUAGCUUUGUGUUUCCAGCGAGUUCAAGCACAGUCACAGCACUCAGUGAUAUUGAGAGAAGCAAUCUCUAGUCUUUUUGAACAUUUGCCUUGAUCAGCAAAAGCUCUUAAACGUAAAAACUUACCCUAUCAAACAUCCAUGUUUAACAUAGAAACAAAGGAUGACAUAAAAGUAAUUAUUAGAAAUCAGUUUUUAAUAUGAGGGAACUUCUGAAAGUUUAUGGAAAAUGGAAUUAAAAGAUAAGUCCGGGGGCAGGCAUUGCAGUGCAGUGGAUUAAGCUGCCACUUGGGACACCUGCAUCCUUGUCAGAGAGCCUGGGAUUAAGUCCCAUCUCAGUUUCUGGUCCAGCUUCCUGCUAUUGUGUCUCGGAAACGGCAGAGGAUGGCCCAAGUGCUAGAGUUCCUGCCUCCCACGUGGGAAACCUGGAUGGAGCUCCUGGCUCCUGGCUUCAGCCUGGCCCAGCCCUGGCUGUAAGUGGGCAUUUUAGGUAGUGAACCAGCAGAUGGAAGAUCUCUCUCUGACUCUCCUUUUCAUUCUGUCACUCUGCCUUUCAGAUAAAUUUUUUAAUAAGUUUAUUUUGGUGCAAAAGUGUUUUAUAGUCCAUACAUAAUUUUUUUUAUAAUAAUCAUUUUCCACGAACUUUUGGAAGGCUCCAUGUAAUUUCUUCUCGCACCAAGCAGACUGUCUCGUGCGCCCUCUGGAAACACGAGCUCUGCUCUGCAGACCACCUACUCAGCUACUGCUUCUCAGUCCAGUCCCUUAAAAAGUGUUUCUUUUCAUCUACUUGAAAGGCAGAACAUAGAAAGAGAGACAGAUCUUCCACCUGCUGGUUCAUUCCCAAAUGCCCAUAACGGCUGGGGCUGGGCCAGGCCAAGGCCAGAAGCCCCAAAUUCCAUCUGGGCUUCCCACAUGAGUGGCAGGUGCCAUCACCUGCUGCCUCCCAGGGUGCAGCAGCAGAAACCUGGAAUGGGAGUGGAGGGAGCUGGAGCUCAAAGCAGCACCUUGAUGAUGGGAUGCAGGUUCCCGAGCAAUGGCUAACCCCCUGUGCCCCAGUGCCUGCCCUUCAAUCCAAUUUUUGGGCC